GGGAUGAAGACCGGUGUGCGCUGGCCAGCUAUCCCAUUUGCAGGCAAACACGGACAGGAGACUUACUGGGACUCAGGACCACAAAGCUGAAGCCGGCAGGGAGAGGCCGACAGGCCGGGCUCUGGUGGCUCCAGCUUACCUCCAGCUCUGGCUCCCGGGAGCUGCUUUGGAAUUCUCUCAGCGCCUGGCAUUUCCAUGCGUUUGGCUGGGCCUCCCAACGCUGAGCCCACAAUGCGCAGGCACGAGGAGAAGGAUGCCGAGCUGGACCGUAGGAUAGUUGCCCUGCGCAAGAAGAACCAGGCUUUACUCCGAAGGUACCAGGAGAUCGAGGAGGAUCGUCGGCAGGCAGAGCAGGGAGGCAUGGCUGUGACCACUCCAGGGUUCCUCCAACCUGACAGCCUCACGGUCACCAUCAGCCAGGUUCCCGGUGAGAAGAGGGUGGUCAGCAGAAACUGGGUGAGGGCACCCCUUGCCCCUGGAGUGACGGCCACACUGACAGAUGGAGAUGCUGCAGACUCACUUGGUACUUUCAGCAUGGGGGACCGGGUGGAGCUCGCUGUCACCAUGGAAAACAAAGCCAAGGCCAAACGGAUAGUGAGCGAGAAACCCAUGAACCAAGCAAGGAGCCCAAGGGCAAAGGGGACAUCUGGAGGAGGCCGGGGCCAGAGUUCUUCCUUGCAGACGACCUUCAGCCCAGAUUCCGCAGGGAAGGGUGCUCUGGAGCUCCGGAGUCCAGGCGUGGUCCCAGGCCCACCUUCCCAACAGCCCUUGGGGAUGCCUCCUGAAGCCAGCUGGGACUACACGCAGUGGAAACAAGAGAGAGAGCAGAUUGACCUGGCCCGCCUUGCCCGGCAUAGAAACCCACAGGGUGACUGGAGCCGCCCAUGGGACCUGGACAAAGCCAAGCCCAUGCCACAGAACUGCAACAAGCCUAGGGACAAGGACCUGGCCAUGGGCAGCAGAAAGGGUCCUAGGACCCACCAAAAGCCUCAGCACCCACCGUCAUUCCUGGAUGGAAAAUGUCGGGGUGGACAAUCUGGAAGACCCUCUGUGACAUCCACCAUAGGCAACAAACCCCAGGGGAAGGAGAGGCUAACUGGCAGGGCCCGAAGGUGUGAUGUCAAAGAAGAUCAGAAGCUGCAGAGCCAGGAGGGAAGCCAGAGCACCACGAAGACUCCCAGUGCAGAGGAAGAGUGCAUACAGAAGCGGACUGAAAGAGAGCCAGACAGACAAGAGACCAAGUCUGCAACCAGCCCAGUUCUAGCCUCCCCAGAGGGUCUAAGAGAAGAGUUGGGAACCUCUACAGCCAGUUUGGCCCCAGACUCUCCACAACAUUCUGACUUGGCUCCCCUUGACCUCUCUGUGGGAGGAGCUAGCAGCCCCAGGCCUGGAGAAAGUACAUAUAUACCCAGUCCAAAGGCUGGGGCUCAGGAAAGUCCAGAGUCACGGCCAAACUGUUCUGAGCAGCAGACCUUGGAGUGCAGUGACCAGCAGCCGGGGCUGGAAGUCCACAGUUGCACUGAGUCACUGAGAGAAGCAGAGACCCCAGAGCCCAAAGAGGACAGGGUUGCUAGGGCUGGGGCCCAGCAGAACCUGACACCAAGAAGCAGGCCCCCCAGAGGAAUUGGCCCAAGGGCAAGAGGCAUGAGUAAAAGAAGCAGGGCAGGGGGUCCUGGCCCUGCAGGAAGAUGCUGAGUGAAGCUCAGGGGAUUUGGGGAGCUAGGCUGGGGGGAGGGGGGCUCAGUCAAGAGUCUUCUGUGAGGUGGGAGUAUGGUUGCUGGUGGGAGUCUUGUACUUUUCUGGUUGAGCAAUGUGGCAAAACUCCACAGGGACACCAAGUGAGGGCCUCUUCUGCAUACCUCUCUACACCAGUGGGUUGUUAAACACAGGCAAGGGCCCUGGUGUACUUGCCAGGCUGGGGUCUCCUGUUCAAGGCUGGUACCCCUGGCCUGGGCUUACUGUUACCUAGGCCAUAAGCCUUUCCCACAGAGAUUUGGUAGGACCCCAAUACAUAGGUCUCCUGGCUCCUUGUAAUUCGUCAUUGCCUGGUCUCCCUCCCCAGUCACAAGCCUCCAGGCUCCUCGGCUCCAGGCCGUCUCAAAGCUGGUAUGGUCAGCUUAGCCUCUUUCUGAAAACCAUGCCCUUUAUCCAGGUGACUCGCAGUUCCACAGUUCCACAGUCUUCUAAGAUGGCCAAACCUGGAUGUCAGCAGUUGAUGGAGGCCCAGAGAAAGUGGUUUGGGGCUCACAGCUGUCAGGAACACACUUGGAGAGGAAGAGUAAAACCCAAGGCUACUUGGGGGAAAGGAGGCAUUCAGAGGGCCUCUUUGAACUGGGCUAGGAUUCCCCUGUUGCUGCGGGAGAGUGGGAGAGCUCACUAGCAGGUGCAGAGCCUCCCUCCUCACAUCCAGAUCUGACAUAAUGGGUGCCCUGAGUAGACCUUGCAGCCCGGAGCCAUUUCCUGCCCUCUCUUCCUUCUCCACUUCCCCUCACUAAGGCCAUGCAAAAGCAAGCACACGGUCAGAGACAGAGGGAUAGCAACCUCAGCUGAGUGCGACAGGACAGACAUCGGGAUGUGUCUUUCUAACUCCAUCCAGGCCCCUCCCACGAGGCCCACGUCUGGUGAAUUAUCCAGACUCUGCACAAGCUGUGGCUUCCUUUCAAUACAACAAACAUUUCCUGAGCAUCCUCUCCCAGUAAUCCAGCCAGUGGGCGAGGGUGACUCUGCCAACAGGAGGGAGGGAAGAAACCCAGUCAUCCGACAGCUCGAGGCUGAAUGGCAAGUGUUCUCAUCUGUUGACGCCUGGCAACACUGGGUAUCAUGAGGGUAGGAGCCCCACCUCUACUCCCCUCUUGAUAUAGCAUGUGCCCUUUGCGCCCAAGCCCUUAUCUUGGUGGCACCAUGUAGCCCCCCUUCCUGCCCUCCUCUCUACAAGGGUAAGUGGGUCUUCCAUAACCCUCUGAAGCUCUAGGAAAAGUGCUCGUCUUCUCAUCUUUACGCAGGAGGCCUGUGACCUGGGUUCCUGCCUUGUUCUUCCUGCCUCUUGGUCCCAUCUCUAUUCCCUCUACUCAGGCAGGGGUGAACCUUCAGCAGGUCAAGCUGUUUAGACAACUCUUCUCACACUUGUGUGUGACGUGUGGUGCAGUUGAACUCAGUGGGGCUGGGGAAGGUCCAAAUGCUUACAUUUCUAAUAUGCCCCAGGCGAGGGGGACAUGGCUGCUCCGUUUUGGCCUGAAGAACCCUUUGAGGAGUCAGGGUCUGGACUUGAGUGUGCAAAGUGGCCAGUUUAGACUCUAGAUCUAAAGCGAGUUGCAGGCCCUUAAGAACCAGGAGAGUGCUACCCUACCAAGUGCAGGAGGCUUCCUGGCUUUAGAGGUGCCUGCAGAAGAUUCUUUGGGCAGUGGGUAUUGGAGUCAACUCUGCAGUGCAUCAAAAGGAAGCUGAUUGGGGUGUGACAGGAUGAAGGGGGUGGAAGAGUCAGUGUGGUGGCUCAGAGGAAAUCCAGAAAUGGAAAAAAAAAAUUCCUGUACAUAUGAGACACGCCUGGGCCAGAGCAAAGAAUCCAAACUCAUGUUUCCAUUUUGCCUUCCAGUCUCAAGGAUAUUUUGACUUUGGAGUGUGACACAGGCCCUGGAGCUCAUGACUCCUAAAGAUGGGACUGGAAUAGAGCAGGUUCGGGCAGAAAGAGUUCUUGAAUUCUGAUGUUGCAAAGACAUGGCUGUGAUCAAGAAUGUGAAGUCUUGGCUGGGGGGCGUGGGUUGGUAGAGUUCGUUCUCCGCAUACAUGAACUCACAGGUUCAAUCUCUAAGACUCCUCAAGACAGAGACAGACGGUGAAUGAGUGACUGAGUCGGUCAGUCAGACAGACAGACAGAUACAGAAAGAGAGAGGAGAUGAGGAGAAAGGAAGAGAGGAGAAAAGGGGUAGGGAAAAGGGAGAGAGGAAAAAGAAAAGUCACAUUUGCCUCCCGCUUGAUGCUGCCCACUGUGCAAUGUGAUCCAUCGAACAACACAGGGCAAGGCACGUCUGACCACAGGUUGAGGAUGUAAAGAUAUGGCGGGGAUCUGGUUCGGUCUUUACAAAUGAACCUAAGCAGGAACUGGCAAAGAGGACUGAGAGGACAUGGGGGCUUCUCUUCAUGGGCAACAGCCUUUAGAGGGAAGCCGUCCUGGCAAUUGGUGAGACAGGAAGCUGACACAGGACAUCUUCAUUAUAGAAGUCUGCAGUGCCUGGCACAACAGCAAGCUUUUCCUGGGAGAGGGGAGCUCUUCUCCAGGACAAGACACAGGUGACACCUCCCAGCUGUCUGUCCAGGUUGUACCAUCCUGCUCUUAGUGUCAACUAUGGAACAGGAGAAACCCAUGUCAGUCGUUCCUCUUGAGGCCUCGAAGGGCCAGCCAUGACUGUUCCUGGUUGCUUUGUUGAAAGGUCUGACCCAGAGUUUUCCCUUAGGAAACCCUCCUCCCUCCAACAAGCAGACGCAACUACUCUUUAAAAGUCCGGAGUCUUCUUUAAACGCAACUCUGGAAAACCAGCUGCAUGGUUGGAAGAAGCCAGGCAAGGAGGGCACCCGGAGGGCCUGGCAGGGAGAGCACGAGGUCAGCAGGGGUGGGAGUUGGGGGGCAAUCCUGUCAGAACAUUCAGAUCCCAGGCACCAGGCGAAGCACACUUUGGAGUCUGAGAGAAUAAAUCCCAACCCCACACCUCUCAUCUGCUUGUUCAACAUUAACCUCUAAAAGCCUCAGUCUCCUUACCUGCAGAAUGAGGCUUGCUGUGCUGACCUUGAAGGGUUGUUGAGAAAGCUAGAGUGUGAAAGACAUGCCUACACUCAGUAGACACUCGGAACAGUAGCCUGGUGCUCUGAAAAUACGUUGAAUUAAACGAAGUGAGCAUUUGACA